AUGGCGGAUACCAAUUCCACUCCCCCAUCCAUUGAGGUACGGAACCUCUCGUACAAGUUCCAAGAUGGCUCCAGUGGCCUGGAGAACGUAAGCAUGAGCUUACCAGCUGGAAGCCGCACCCUACUGAUCGGCGCAAAUGGAGCGGGGAAAACCACCCUCCUCCGCCUCCUAUCAGGGAAGCGCCUUGCACCCAAUAACACUAUCGCCAUUGGCGGCAAGGACCCCUUCAAGGACAGCCUAGAUGGCGUAACGUACCUGGGAGUCGAGUGGGUGUUGAACAGCAUCGUCCGCACAGACAUCGAUGUGCCGACGCUUCUCGCCUCUGUCGGCGGAAAUGCUUAUCCAGAGCGCCGGGACGAGCUGAUCGAUAUCCUCGAUGUUGAUCUGCGCUGGCGUAUGCAUGCCGUCUCGGAUGGAGAACGCCGCCGCGUGCAGCUGGCCAUGGGCUUGCUGCGGCCGUGGCAGGUUCUACUGCUCGACGAGAUAACUGUCGACUUGGACCUUUUAUCCAGGAGCAAUUUCUUAGCUUUCCUAAAGCGAGAGACUGAGACCCGCGCCUGCACUAUUGUUUAUGCUACCCAUAUCUUGGAUAACCUCGCCCAGUGGCCUACCCAUUUGGCCCACAUGCACUUGGGCAAGGUCAAAGCGCUGGGUAGUGUUGAGUCGUUCCAUGAGGAAGUUCCCGCGUGGACUUCGGAGAAUAGUCGUCUUGGAGAGCUGGUUCUUAAGUGGCUCAAGGAGGAUAUGCAGGCCAGAGGUCCCCGGAAUGAUCGUGGUAAUCAGGCCAAGACCUAUCAGUCCCUUGAGGGUAUUGGAGGUUACGGACUGGAAAAACACGACUGA